GCUCAAGCCAUCUUCAAAAGUCCUUCCGGGUCCGCGACAGAAGUCAUUUUGUUUGCAUUUGCAGCCAUGAGCCAGCAAGUGCAGCCGGCCCCAUGCGAGUCGAGCCCCAACACGAAGAAGAUGAAGGAGAAAGCAGCACAGAUUCGCAAGAGCUUCCAGCGCCCGAAGUUUUGGGUCAUGGGCUUUGGCUGGUGCCUUGCGGCCUGUGCUGGAGCAGCCAAUGUGAUCGCUUUCAAGAGCUGGAACCUCUAUGCCUCCCAUGUGACCGGGAGUACCUCAGCCAUCGCCUUCAGGCUGGAGGGCUAUCACCAGGGGGAAUAUGUAUCAGGAAGCCUGAAGGAAGCAUGCUUGUUGGUUUUCUCCUUCCUGUGUGGUGCAUAUGCAUGCGGUCUCUUGAUCGACAAGAAUCAAGUGCACUUCGGGGGGAAAGCCUUCUAUGGGUUGGCUCUGGUGCUGAACUCCAGCCUGCUGGUGUCAGCAGCCUUCAUUCCGGGCAGGUUGCUCCCUGCUUGCCUAGUGGCCGCAGCAUGCGGCUUGCAGAAUGCCAUGUGCACCUCCCACUUCGGUGCCAUUAUUCGCACCACGCAUGUUACUGGCACUAUGACGGAUAUCGGCUCAACCUUUGGGCGAAUCAGCAUGAUUUACCUCCGAAAGGGUUGCAGGCGUUCCAAGUUGAACGAUGUGGAGCGGGCCGAAGUGGGCGUUGACGCGAGAAAGUUGGCUGUGCUGUUCGGGCUUUGGAGCUUUUAUUUCAUGGGAGGUCUCUUCGGAGUCUACAUGGAAAACAUCAUCCCUGGACCCCCUCAACGUGCCUUGCUGCUCCCAGCUACCUUCACUGGAAGUGUUGGUCUCUUCUACAUGGCAUGCCGCCAGAUUUUGAAGGACUACAUCAAGAAGUUGGAGCGUGAAAGGUUCGAAGCAGACUUGAAGGAGGCACAUGAUGUCCUGGCGCACAUGGGGACUCGGCUGCAAGACCUGGAGCGCAACGACCAGUCGGUGGUGGAAUUGGAUGAGGACAUGGGGCACAUGAUCGAGGCACUCCAUGAGGUGGAGGCCGACUUUGAGAACCUGGUGCGAACACACAGCCGGAUGUUGGAGCGAACGGAUAGCGCCACCAGCAAACCUGACAAGCCGUGAUCGCUCUGUUCUUUGCCCCGGUACCGUCUGCAGCGUGGCGGCCUACAGUACUUUUGACUUCAAGCUUUCCUCUGCCGGACAGAUGAUGGCUCGCAUAGCCUGCUCAAGUGAGCACCUUUAAUUCGAAUCCUUGCACCGUUCCGUUUAGUACAGCCAAUCGUGCCCGGGCACUUGCCUGUGGGACCAAAUUUAUGGAAAUCCCCGCUAGGCCCGGCUUUUGAGACCUAAGUGUCUCUCCCCAUGGUGGAGCGGGUAGCUGCCACUGUGGUUGCCGUUCCUUUCGGGGCCUGCAGCCUUCCACCUCUGUGAAGUGUGGAGAUAUAUUGGUGGGAGGCUGUGGCAGCAAUACCCUGCAUACCCUGCAUUCAUGUGGCUUGAAGGCUGAACUUUUGAUGAGCAGCAUAGCUGUGUUGGUCAAAGCCAAACAUGCCUCCGCCUAGACCCAAAUCUGGAAAGGCAGAAACAAUA